GACUAAAUUAGUAAAUUACACUCUUAACUCUUAACAAUUCCAAAAUAUGAGUACCAAAAGGGGUGAGACGGCCGGAGCAGGGCAGUGCUCGAUUCAAGCCUCUGGCGAUGGCUAUCAAAGAAGCAGUUGCGAGAAGAAGGGACGAGGACUGGAGAGCGGGGAGCGGCUACAAGGACUGCGGAUGGCGGCGAUGGCGACGGGAAGCGACGGGACGGGAAGUGACGACGGAGCGGAGGAGUUGCUACUGGAAGAGGGGGCAGGGAUGGAGACUGGCGAUGGCAAACUAGGAGCGGCUACACUGACUGGGGAUGGCGACGAUGCCGACAGGAAGUGUUGACGGCGGUAAGGUUUGGCGCCGCUCUUCUCCCUCUAUUCACGAAGAGUCGAAGACGAAGACUGAAUUAGAGUUAGAGUUUCUUUCCCAGCUAGGGAUGGCGCGGGGAUGGAUAGUGCAUAUCCGUUACCCUACCCAAAGUAGUUUGGGUUUUACCCAUACCCAUACCCACAUGAGAAAUGGGUAGAAUAUCCAAACCGUGUUCGUAUCCGUUCGGGUUUCGGGUAUCCACGGUUAUCCAUGGGUAAUAGUUUCUAGUUAUAACUUCAACCAAUAUGUUAAUAUUCACACGUAUUCUCACCUUACGUAAGACGAAAAGUACGACAAUAAUUCACUAAAAUGAAGAAAAUUAAUUAAA